GGCUAUCCUAGGACAUAGCAGUAGCAGGAAGGCAGCUCAUCGUAAUACAUAAAGAUGGAUAUAACUGCAGGCUAUCAGAAGACAGACUUCCAGUCAUAGAUCUGCAGUGGUGCCCCAGUGUAGCUGUGCUGCUCUGCAUCAGCUGGAGCAGUUAUCACCGGUCAGAUGCCUCCCCAGCUGAUUGCCCUGAACUCUUGCCCCUGAGGACGGCAUUUCUAGUUUAGCAGAUAACUGCGCAAAGUUUGUGACUAAAGAUGGGGUCACCGGUGUGAAGAGCCUCCGGCGGCCUCUGCCUCCUCAUACCCUCUGGGACGUGCUCCCCACCGUCUGGAACCGCGGUCCACAGCAUGGCUCUCCCAUGGCGGCCCUUCUCUCUCAGUGCGUACCAUGUCUCCGAGGAGUGUGGGUUCAUCCUACCUGCCCCGCAGACAGAGCUACCGACUUACUACAGACCCUGGAUGGACAUUGCCCAGAGUGUCCCCCAGCUCGUUCAGUCCCACACGCUGCGAUCCCGUGUCCAUCAGAUGCCCCUGCUGGAAUCACACUUCCUUGAGAGUCACAGAGCGCUGAGACUGGCUCAUCUGGCCCUUAGCACGAUAACCAUGGGCUACGUGUGGCAGGAGGGCGAGCACGGCACAGUGAAGGUGCUGCCCCAGAAUGUGGCCGUGCCGUUGUGGGACGUGUCCCAGCGCCUGGGGUUGCCCCCUAUCCUAACCCAUGCCGACGGAGUGCUGGCCAACUGGAGGAAAAAAAACCCAGAAGGACCCUUCGACAUGGAGAACCUAGAACUGAUUAUCACCAUCCCAGGAGGAGAGAGCGCACGUGGCUUCUUCAUGGUGACCCUCCUGGUGGAAGUGGCAGCCAUACCCGGCCUGAAGGCCAUCCCGAAGGUCAUAGAUGGAGUGUGGGCCGGGGACUCGGUGGGGGUGUCGCAGGCACUGGAGGAAAUAGCAGAGGCGCUGCACAGCAUGACGGAGGCACUCAAACUGAUGCACGAGUAUGUCAACCCGGAUAUCUUCUAUGGCAUCAUGCGGAUCUACCUCUCCGGGUGGAAGGACAACCCCUCCAUGAGGGAGGGGCUGGUGUACGAGGGGGUGCGGAAGGAGCCCAUGAAGUUCUCUGGGGGGAGUGCAGCGCAGAGCAGCCUGCUGCACUGUUUCGACGAGCUACUGGGGGUCCAGCAUGAGGAGCAAAGCGGUGCUUUUCUGUCCCGGAUGAGAGAGUACAUGCCCCCCGCCCACAAGCAGCUCAUCCGCGACAUCUCAGCGAGCCCCUCCCUGCGCCACUUUGUCCAGGACCGGGCCAGCGGCCCCCUGCUGGACUCUUACCAUCGCUGUGUGUCCCGGCUGCUGGCCCUACGUAACUACCACAUCAACAUAGUGGGACGCUUCAUCACCGUGCCGGCGGCCCGGGCACGCCAGCUCCGCUCCCAAGGAACCCCGGAUGAGGUGGAGGCUCUGGGCAAGGCCCCCACCUCCCUGGAAGAGAGGGGGACUGGUGGAUCGGGCAUCAUGAGCUUCCUGAAAACAGUUCGGAACCGGACCCAGGAGACGUGCCUGACAUGGCCAGCACCCUUCCAGCAGGACUGACGGCGUGGCGUCUCCACUGCUAAUGUCCAGCAGACAUUAAGCGUUUGGUAUAAAAACUCAUCCAAUAAAAAUUAGAUUACUUCGAAACCAAA